GUUCGCUGCCACUGCUGGUAAGUUGUCUGCUUACUGUUUGUUGUUAUUAUUACAUUCUGUGGGUUAGGCCUACUUUACAUACCUUUCAGAAACACAUUUUGGUUCUUUUAAAAAUGAGCAUUCCAGUAGUGGACUUUGGCGCAUACAGCCUGAGUAAGGAUGAUGUUACUGACGACCAGAUGCGAAAUUUAAGCAAAGAGUUGAAGACCGCUUUUAUAGAAGUUGGUUUUGUUUUUCUGAAGAACACUGGGAUCACUCAGGAGGAGGUGGAUGGUGUUAUGGCCAUAUCCAAGACAUUCUUCCUGCAGCCAGAUGAAGUGAAACAACCUUUCAGCAGGAAAAGCUUUGCCAACAAUCCCAACCACGGCUGGGUGUCUCUGGAGACUGAGAAGUUGAAUCCCAGUCGGCCUGGAGACCUAAAGGAGGCAUUCAACUAUGCUUCACUACACCCUGACAUUAAAUGGCCAUCUGUAAAAGGGUUCCAGGAGAUCCAGACGUCUUUCUUCCAGCGCUGUACAGAGCUAAGUCUGCGGGUGCUGAGGGUGAUGGCCCACAGUCUGGGUUUGAACCCGGAGGUGUUCCUGAGUGCGCACCGUUUAAUAGGAACUGAUGAGAAUGGCACAACGCUGCGGUCUCUGUACUACCCCCCAGUAAACCAUGAGAAAGUGAAGGAGGGUCAGCUGCGAUGUGGAGAACAUUCCGACUACGGCAGCAUCACCCUGUUGUUUAGCAGCUCUGAGGGUCUGCAGGUGCGAAAACGUUCUGGUGAAUUCAUCUGCGCUCCCUCCGUCCCCGGAGCGGCCCUCAUCAAUGUCGCUGACCUGAUGCAGCGCUGGACCAAUGAUCAGUUUGUCUCCGUGCGCCACAGAGUUGUGCUGCCCCCUGCUGGAGACUCCCGCACACGUCAGUCUCUGGCUUUCUUCGUCCAGCCGGAUGAUGAGGCUCUGAUCACGUGCUGCGACGGCUCCAACAAAUACCCCCCAGUAACAGGAGGCGACUACCUCAUGGAGCGCUUCAAUGCCUCAUAUGGAAACUGAAUCUCUACCCCGUCCUAUUCUGUAGCUAACAGGCAGCCAGCGUAGGGAGGCAAGAAUGGGAGUAACGUGCUCCCUCUUUUUGACCUUGUCAAAACUCUUUGUGCUACAUUUUGAACUAGUUGGAGACAAGAUAAACAAGACUGGGUGAUACCAAACAGUAACUGGUUGCAAUAAUCAAGGCAGGGAGAUAUAAAGGUAUUAUAAUUUGACUGUUUUUAAUUGUAAAGUGUUUUAGUUUUGGUUUUAGGACCAUACUUCAUGGUCCUAAAAUUGCACCUAAAAUGUAUUGAUCUGUACCUGGAAUUUAUUCAUGUUUUAUCAAGUUAGUUUUGUCUAAAAUAAUCAAUAUGUCACUUUAGAUCCCACACUGUUUUUACAUUUGAAAUAUGAUGGUGUCAGUGAUAUAAACUUAUUUAGACUUUAUUUCAGACCCAGGGGGAUCCAUAUCACAAUAAAAAACACACAGAGUAUAACAUAAAAUACAAAAAUGCAAAACCUUCCACAAUGUUCAGUGUCUGACAUACAGACAUGUUCGCCAAUGGUUCCACAGUCUGGAAGAAAAUCUGACAGAACUGCGUACAGGGUUAGCCAAAAACAGUGAUCAAGUCAUUUUCUGACUCAGAUACCCUACAAAUAAAUCUAUACAUCAGGUUACGUAAAACAGCAGAGCAGGUAGGUACCCCGUCACUGACAAACAUAUGGCUUGCACUGGAGCUUCUUGGAGCUCUCAGCAGCAGCCUCAUGCCGUCAUCAUAAGCCACUAUAAGUUUUCUAAUGCUGCCUUGCUUAUGACACGCUCUGAACAGUGAGAUCUUCACAGAUACAGAGCACAUGCUAAACUUACGACACAGCACGUUCGCUUGAGCAUACUUUCCGACGCUGCCUUAUCAUCAGACAGGUCAUUUGCAAUAGUAUGGCCCAAAUAUGUAAUCUCACUGCACACCCUAAGUGCAGUGCCAGACAGAUAGAAGUCAGGGAAGGUUGACUGUCUUCUCUACUUCUAAUAAUCAUGAUCUUACUCUUUUUGGCAUUGUAUUUUAUAUCAAAAUCAGCACCAUACUGGGUGCAUAUUCUCAGAAGCUGUUGGAGACCAGCUCUAUAUGGGCUAAAAAUGAUCAAAUCAUCUGUGUACAUAAGGUGAUUAAUUAGUGAGUCACUAACCCUACAACCUGUACCACAUACAUUUAAAAUCAAAGAAAAAUCAUUCAUAUACAGAUUAAAAAGAAAAGGAGACAGAAUUCCGCCCUGGCGGACACCAUUGGUCACUUGGAAGGGGACAGACGUAACAUUCCCCCAUCUCACUCUAAUUGUCUGAUGCGAGUACCAAUACACCAAGAUUCUGUGAGUUAAUGUGUAUGAUAAAAAAGAGAAAUAAACCUCAAACCUGCAA